AUGUCUUCAUAUCAGAGCUAUGUCCCUCCCAAUGCAACGUCUUCUCGCCGCGCGGGCCCCAAGGGAGCGACCCCCAUCAUUGGAGUGGAUUUCGGUACCUCCACGGCCGCCAGCGCAGUUGUGGUUCGACAUGAAGGGCAAGAUCCUACCACCAUAGACUUUCACAACGUUAUUCCGAUCGACGGCUGGCCUUGCGACCCUCUUGGUAACAGAUCCAUGUCUGUGCGUACUAUGCUCUACUUUCAGCCGGGUGUGCCCUUUGAUGAACCGAUCUGUGGCUACAAAGUAGCGGAUCAUAUCAGGACGGGUGAUCGAGUGAUUUUGGAAACCCAACGUCGCGUCUUCGAUAACAUCAAGAUGAUGCUAAACAGGAGCUCGGAAGGUACAAUGAUCAAUGAUCGCCUUCAGUCCAAUUUCGAGGAUCUGCAGAAAGCUGGCUUUGAUGACGAAUGGGAUGCUAUCAUUGUCAGAUUUCUUGUGUUCUUCUUGGAACACGUAAAGCAUAAGCUCCACGGCCUUAUCGACGUCACGACCAAACCCGAGUUUGCCAUUUCCAUGCCUACUGACUGGGGUAUCGAGGCUGAUCGGAUCAUGUGCAGUUGCUUGGCAGCAGCUGUUCGCAAAGUGUGGCCUCUCUAUGGCAGCGACGAAGCCGUGAACAUCUUCACCGUAUCAGAACCAGACGCGCAAGCCACUUAUACGCUGGCUUCGACAGGCUCUUGGCGCAACCACUAUGUCCGAGUGGAGGUGGACCAGGUAGUCCUGAUUGGCGAUGCUGGUGGAGGGACUGUUGAAGCGAACUGUUACCAAAUGACCAACGACAACCCCUGCCGCUUCCAGGAACUAUGCAGAACUACUGCGGAUACUUGCGGUUCAGCCCUGCUCGAUGAAGAUUUUCGAGAACUCAUAAUACGAAAGACUCAUGACUUGGUGGAUGAGAUCUUCCCCAACUCAAGCGCGUGGUAUGCACCUGGAACUAUUCAGAGGUUGGUUGAAAACUUUGAGAGCUCAGUGAAGCGAAGAAUCGACUUUCGGGAUGUGGAAUCAAGUAAUUUCAACUUCGAAAUCCUCAUACGACGUUCAAUCGACUCCGGCUUCAACCCUUACACCCUCACGAUCAACGAGCCAGAGUGGCGCGCUCUAUUUGCGCCACGAAUGCAACAAAUCGUGGCAGUCUUGCAGAAGCAAUACGACCAAUGCAGGACUAAAAACAUCAAUAUCGACACCAUUAUCAUGUCUGGAGAAUACUCGCAAAACGCAGAGGUUCGCCGUGCUGUGUUGUCGUGGAUGGACGGGAUUUGGCCAGACGAGCAACCCAAAUUGGCCUUUACGAACGAACGUACUGCUGCAGCUGUUGCCAUUGGCGCACUAUUCCGUGCCCUCGACCGAAGCAACGGUCCAGGUCGUUUUCUUCGUGCUGGCUUCGGCAUUGUGCGUAGUAUUCCGGCGCCGGAUGAUGAUCCACACGAAAGAUGCUACCCCAAAGAUCACCCUGACUUCAAGUUCUUCAGUCCCAGCAACAACAUUCAGCUUAAGAAAGGCAAGGACGGUCUCUGGUACUCCUUCGGCACGAUAGCCUGGGUGUUGCCCAAGGACACGCCUCUCCCCUCAAGCGCAAGGUUCGGCCCCUAUCCUUCCAAGCACGUCUUCAACACCUUGGGCGAGGACUGGAAGUUCACAGAAACGCUGUACACAACUGCAAGCGUUUUAGAGAGCAACUGGCCCUUCGAUCACAAGAACAACGAGCAGGCCAAGUGGUACUGCGAUCUAGAAGUCACAAUCAACUUUCUCAAACAGUAUUCCGACAAGUUUGAAGUUGAGGGUCGGUACGAAAUUGACAUGGAUAUAUACUUUACCAUUGGCGCGGAAUUCCAUCACCAACUUACUUUCGAAAUGGGCUGUGAUCGAUACGACUUGCCACCUAAUUUGAUCAAAGAGAAACAACAUGUCAUGCUCCAGCCCUUCUUCCAGCACUCGACGAAUUAG